AAAUAUAUUUUGAGUUACUAUACAGUGCCCAUCCUACAUACAUACAUAAUCUCACACCUUCAUAGGCUCUGUUGUUGCAGUGAUGGAGGACGUUGUAGUUUUGAUUGUUGGCGCAGGGCCUGCUGGACUCGCAACUGCAGCGUGCCUUAACCAAUUCUCCAUCCCUUAUGUCAUCGUCGAGCGUGAGAAUUGCAGCGCAUCAUUAUGGCGCAACCGCACGUAUGACCGUCUCAAGCUACAUCUUGCGAGGGAAUUUUGUGAGUUGCCACACAUGCCAUACUCAGUAGAUACCCCAACAUACAUACCAAAAAAAACUUUCAUCAAGUACUUGGAUGACUACAUUGAAUGUUUCAAUAUCCGUCCAAGAUAUUUCACAGUUGUUGAGUCAUCCACAUAUGACAUCGGUGGGAAAUGUUGGUCUAUCAUGGCUCGUGACAUGGCGAAGUGUGCAACAGUUAAUUACAGGGCGAAGUUUCUUGUUGUGGCAAGUGGUGAGAAUAGUGUUGAGAAUAUUCCAGUGAUCCCAGGACUGGAAAACUUUCCGGGUGAGGCAAUCCACUCAUCAGGUUACAAGUCAGGCAUUAACUACUCCGGGAGGAAUGUUUUAGUCAUCGGAUCCGGAAACUCUGGGAUGGAGAUCGCUUACGAUCUUGCUUCUCAUGGUGCCAAUACUUCUAUUGUUAUAAGAAGUCCGAUUCAUGUAAUGACAAAGGAGUUAAUCAGACUAGGGAUGACACUGAUCCAUUAUCUUCCACCGAAAAUGGUAGAUCAUAUUGUUCUGAUGAUGGCAAACUUCAUAUUCGGGGACCUCUCUAGGCAUGGCAUCACAAGACCAAACAAGGGCCCAUUUGUCCUCAAGAUGGGAAGUGGUCGAUCCGCGGUGAUUGAUGUUGGCACUGUGGGGCUCAUUAAAGAAGGCAAAAUUAAAGUUCAUGGAAGGAUUACCAAGAUCAAAGGCGAAACAAUUGAAUUCCAAGGUGGGAAAGAAGACUCAUUUGAUGACAUUGUGUUUGCAACCGGAUACAAAAGCACAGCAAAUAUGUGGCUCAAGAGUGGUGAGGACAUGCUAAAUAGCGAGGGCUUGCCAACGAAGGAAUUUCCUAAUCAUUGGAAAGGUGAAAAUGGGCUCUAUUGUGCUGGGUUAGCGAGAAGGGGGUUGGCCGGUAUAACCAUAGAUGCCAAAAACAUCGCUAAUGACAUUAAUUGUAACAUAGACUCUAUGUCCGGCUAAGUUAGCUUUUGUAUUUAUAAUUUAUUCUAUUGGAGAAUAGUGUUAGAUAUUGGUCUUCCUACAGCAUCCAGAUUAGAUGAUGAUGCAAAAUUUAGUCCAUGUCAGGGUAUUAUGUGAUAGAAUGAUAUCCCUACUGGUGUACUAUUACCAUCUACA